GCGUCUAUUGACAUUAUUCAUGUAGUAAGGGGUUGUAUUUUUAGCGUCAUGCCUUGUGUGUGCCUAGAUAAGUUAGUUGCGCAGGAAAUAUUUGAUUUGCUCAGGUCUGCGCCGAUUAGAUUUUUUCGUCAUUGAGUGGGAAAUUAUUUUAUCAUUGUGUUAUCAUAUGGAUGCGAAUAUAGAAGACAUGGAUAUCUCUUUCGGUGAUGUUAACAUACAUGGUGGAUCUGAUGUGAUAGAAGUUGAUGAAGAAUUGCUUGAUGGUCCCGAUCAUAAGACCAUCUAUGAUCAAGAGCCGGAUUUGUCGGAUUCUAGAAAUAGUGCAACAACAGUGAAUAGUAAUGCAUCCAAUACAACGAUCGUAAUGGGGUUUAACAGAAGCUUCCCAGCAAAUAACGCCGAUACCGUAUCGGAAUCGAUUCGAUUUCCGCUGCAAGAUGCUAAAGAUAGCAACAUUCCCAACAUCAUGCAAAGAGAUGCUCCUUCCAUUGAAUCUGUUAAAGCAAACUUACUGAACACUCCGGCAUAUGUUGGAUUCCUGUUGCCAGAUAAAGAAAAUUUGAUAGCAGAGGCCUGUGAAUCUUUGUCGAACUCUUUCCCCACUGCAAUCGAAGAACAAAGUGACGAAUUUCCUCUAGAUGUAAUAGAGUUUGCCCCGGUACAAAUACCCGUCCAUCACUCUUCGGCACCACAAGAAAAGUUUGUACCGGCGAAUGAAUAUAUCUUUUCGCCCGCUGAUUUCGAUUGUUUACUUUCACGAGGUUGCUCGCAAUCUACGAGAACUACAGAUACAUCAAUUAUAGCAUCUGCAUUGUCGUCCUCGGAUGCGGUACUACCAAGAAACUCAGUGUUGAUCAAUUUUGAUCCUCUUUUGCGUCGGCAAACUAUCAUUAAAACCGAAAACCAACAAGUUGCAAACUCUAUUACAGAAACCUCAUCCGCGUGCCCAGAUUUAGUUAAAUUUGCACAGCAUGAGCAAAGCAACGAAAUUGAUUAUUCAUUAACAGAUUUCGAUGCAAGCUAUAAAGACUGUACCGGCGAGCACAGUGCAUUCAUUUCGAAUGGUUUAAUUUUACCGUCGUUAUCACUAUUAGAAAAUCAUCCUGGCAAUGAUCCCAAGGAUAAGCAACAUCAGGAAAAUGCAUUACGUUGCCUUCUUGAUACAUCUUUAGCCGCCAGUAGUACACAAAGCCAGGAACUCAGUGUAGAUUCUCUUGAGAAAACAGUGGUCACUCAAAAAAUCGAAUCUGCAAAUUGCUCAAAGUAUUUGGAUAAUCUUCUAUCAUCUUCAAAUCCCAAUUCAUCUUCUUUAUUAGAACAGGAAAAAUCCUACAGUGAAAAAGAAAAAAACAAUGAACUCCUCGUGCCAGUUGUCAAUGCUCAUAUUGAUUCUGUAAAUUUCUUGGAGCAUAAUUCGGUUUUUAACAGUUCGACGGAUUCAAAUGCGGACCCAAAAAAUACACAGUUCGAAGAAUUGAUCGUCGAACAAUUCCACGAUAGAAACAUUGACGUAUCAUUGUCGAAAAACAAAUCAGAAAGCGAAGUGACUAUAAAAAAUACCAUCUUUGAAUUAAACAGCAUUGGUAAUCUUGCUACGGAUGUUAAUGUAAACGAUGAUUUAAGAACUUUUCGCGAACAUAUGCUUUUCGCGAAGACUGCGGAACUGCUCCUUGUCAAACAAAAUAGAGCGGUGCAAAACAUGAGCGAAGAACGAUCAGGGCCAAUAGAGGAAGGAUGUGUUGACGAUGGGAAAAUAAAUAACACGGAUGAGAUGAAUAUUGCUGAUUUAGAGAAAAAAAUGCAUGACGUUGAACUAAGAGAAGAAAGCAUGUUGAAGCGAAUUACUGAAAAAGAUAAAACCAUUUCCAAGAUGAGCAAUGUGGUUGAAGCAUAUGAACGGACUAUCGCCGAAUUGAUAUCAGAAAAGGAAAUUCUCAUCCGCAAUCACGAAAUUGAAUGCGACAGUCUUAAACAAGAUAAUGAAAUCAACGCACAACAUUUAGAAUCAUUGGAGAAAACUUUCUCGAACUUGUAUGCGAAAUAUGAACGCAUGAAAAAAAAUGCAAUUAAAUACAAAGAAAAUGAAGAGAAACUGGUGGAAAAAGUUGUGAAACUUGAGGAAUGUCUUCGAGCACAAGAGCAGCGAUAUGAAAAGAUGAAAUGUCAUGCGAUGAGUCAACUUGAAAUCGCAAAUACCAAAAUUGAUGAAGCCAUUCGUAAUCAUUCCCAAGAAUCGGCCAAACUUAAGGCUCAGAUAAAAAAAGAAGAACUAUAUCGAAUUUCGAUCAAUGAGCAGUUGAUUCAAAAAUCAAAAGAAAAUGAAGAGUUGGUGAAGAUAUGUGACGAAUUAAUCAGCGAGACUAAUUGAACAAUACAGUUUAUUUAGGCGAACUACUUGUUCUUAUGCCUUGUAGAAUUCCUUUUAUGCAAUGAGUUACAGAUUCAAGAGAAUUAUUUAGUGUUUCUAUUCUUCAUAAGCCUGAAUAUGAAACAAAUUAGCAUAUUUUUUUCCGGAUAUAACCAUGUAAUAUUUUUUUUCAUUGCAGCUAAAACUUCUGUUCAGUCUGUUCUUGAGUUACGUUGUUCUCGUACGAGGAAUCGUAGAUAGCCAGUUUACCAAAACAUACAGUCCUUGAAGCUAUUUGCCUCCUUAAAUACCAAAUGCAAAAAAAAACUUGUUUUCCGUCGAAAUCUAAAAUGAAUACAAAGAGAAAAGAUUACAAUUUGUUUGGGUGACUAUUGUAAAAUAUUUAAUUUAUUGGUUAAAAUCAACAACUUCACAUAAAACAAUAUAUCAACUAAAUGUAUUUUUGCUGAAAUUCGCUAUAUUCCAGUCGCUACUGAUGUUCGAGCUACAGAGAUAUUUUUAGAACGAAGGUAACGCGUAACUCGAGAACCGGCUAUGAUUAUUUAUGUUUUUGUUUAUGUUUUAUUUGAUUUGCAGGGAAUAUAGAUCCAUUUGUUUAUUUAGUUUAUAUUUCAGUAAUAAUAUUGGAAAAAGUUAAAACCCGCUGCUCUCUAUUUCAAUUGGCUUAUCCAUUCGUUGAUUUUAAACAAAAUGAAACGUUUGGCUCUGUUAGGCUGAAAAUAUACGAACCUGAAUUCAAGAGCAAGAAAUCGCACAUGAUGUCUAAUCGAUUUAUAAUCACAGUUCAACUGUCACUUUUCCACGCCUUGUUGAACUCUGUUGUACAUCGGUUGUACAGCAGGCGCGAAAUUCCGGUUCGUGUUUUUUAGUCUCAGAAAAUGUUUCGGAUAUUCCGUUCCCUAAUUUCACUACAUUUGGAUGCCAUGAAAAUAACUAGGCAACUCACACGUUUGUUAAGAAGCCGUUAUAGACUACAACUAACACAUACUACAAUAUUCUUUCCUAAAAAGAUAAUUUAGUGCUCAUGACACCGUUAUAACAAAUAUAUUAUCAUACUAGAAUAAAAAUGCUGUAAAAAGCCUACAAGAAUAAAAUAUAACAACUAGUUACAGUCAUAA